GCCUGAGGCGGUCGCUGCUGCCGCUCCGUCGCGGCCGCCGCGCUCCCGGGACUCGCCGGCCCGCGGGAGAAAUGUUGCUGAAGUGCUGCUGAAAGGGCCAGAGAUGCAAGGAUUUGGGACACAUUUUGAACCUUUAAGCUGACAUUGACCUCGUUUCAUUAUUAAUAAAGAAGAAGCAGGAGCUUAGGAUGUAUUAACACCAACUCAUUAAUAUACUAACCGGACAAUGUUCUGCAACAAUUCUACAUUGUAAAGAACUGGAUUGGCACUAAAUAAAAUAAUUUCAUAUUUUACUCAGCUUAUAAUAUGACUCAAUGGAGGAAAAUUUGAUAAGCAUGAGGGAAGACUAUUCUUUUCAUGUUCGUUACAGAAUGGAAGCUUCUUGCCUAGAACUGGCCUUGGAAGGGGAACGUCUGUGUAAAUCAGGAGACUGCCGUGCCGGUGUGUCCUUCUUUGAAGCUGCAGUUCAAGUUGGAACUGAAGACCUAAAAACACUUAGUGCUAUUUACAGCCAGCUGGGCAAUGCUUAUUUCUAUUUGCAUGAUUAUGCCAAAGCAUUAGAAUAUCAUCAUCAUGAUUUAACUCUUGCAAGGACUAUUGGAGACCAGUUGGGGGAAGCCAAAGCUAGUGGUAAUCUGGGAAACACCUUAAAAGUUCUUGGGAAUUUUGAUGAAGCUGUAGUUUGUUGUCAGCGACACCUAGAUAUUUCUAGAGAGCUUAAUGACAAGGUGGGAGAAGCAAGAGCACUUUACAAUCUUGGAAAUGUGUAUCACGCCAAAGGGAAAAGUUUUGGCUGCCCUGGUCCUCAGGACAUAGGAGAAUUUCCAGAAGAAGUGAGAAAUGCCCUUCAGGCAGCUGUGGAUUAUUAUGAGGAGAACCUAUCACUAGUGACUGCUUUGGGUGAUCGAGCAGCCCAAGGACGUGCCUUUGGAAAUCUUGGAAAUACACAUUACCUCCUUGGCAACUUCAGGGAUGCAGUUAUAGCUCAUGAGCAGCGUCUCCUUAUUGCAAAAGAAUUUGGAGAUAAAGCAGCUGAAAGAAGAGCAUAUAGCAACCUUGGAAAUGCAUAUAUAUUUCUUGGUGAAUUUGAAACUGCCUCUGAAUACUACAAAAAGACACUACUAUUGGCUCGACAGCUUAAAGACAGAGCUGUUGAAGCACAGUCUUGUUAUAGUCUUGGAAACACAUAUACGUUGCUUCAAGACUACGAAAAGGCCAUUGAUUAUCAUCUGAAGCACUUGGCAAUUGCUCAAGAGCUAAAUGAUAGAAUUGGUGAAGGAAGAGCAUGUUGGAGCUUAGGAAAUGCAUACACCGCUCUAGGGAAUCAUGAUCAAGCGAUGCAUUUUGCUGAAAAGCACUUGGAAAUUUCAAGAGAGGUUGGGGAUAGAAGUGGUGAACUAACAGCACGACUAAAUCUCUCAGAUCUUCAAAUGGUUCUUGGUCUGAGCUACAGCACAAAUAAUUCAAUAAUGUCUGAAAAUAUUGAAAUUGAUAACAGUUUGCAUGGUGCACGCCCCAAGUUCGGACGCCGACACAGUAUGGAAAACAUGGAACUUAUGAAGUUAACACCAGAAAAGGUACAGAACUGGAACAGUGAAAUUCUUGCUAAACAAAAGCCUCUUAUUGCCAAACCUUCUGCGAAGCUGCUCUUUGUCAACAGAUUGAAGGGGAAAAAAUGCAAAACUAAUUCCUCCACUAAAGUUCUCCAAGAUGCCAGUAAUUCCACUGAUCACCGAAUUCCAAAUUCUCAGAGAAAAGUCAGUACAGAUACUAUUGGAGAUGAAGGGUUCUUUGACCUGGUAAGCCGAUUUCAGAGCAAUCGGAUGGAUGAUCAGAGGUGCUGCUUACAAGAACAGAGCUGUGGGCCAGCUUCAACUGCAGCUUCUUCCACUCCCCCUAGAGUGAUGUUAAAAACAUCAUCUGUUUCCAUGGUAUCCCCCAACACGGAUGAGUUUUUAGACCUUCUUGCCAGCUCCCAGAGCCGCCGUCUUGAUGACCAGAGGGCCAGUUUCAGUAAUUUGCCAGGGCUUCGUCUGACACAAAACAACAAUAAGUCUGUCCUUGGCCACCUGAUGACUAAUGACAACAAAGAGCCUGAUGAAGACUUCUUUGACAUCCUUGUAAAAUGUCAAGGGUCCAGAUUAGAUGACCAAAGAUGUGCUCCACCACCUGCUGCCACAAAGGGACCAACAGUACCAGAUGAGGACUUUUUUAGCUUGAUUUUACAUUCUCAGGCAAAAAGAAUGGAUGAACAGAGAGUUCUUUUACAAAGAGAUCAAAACAGAGACACUGAAUUUGAACUGAAGGACCUUUUGCAAAGUAAUGCUUUGUUGGAAUUUAAAAAUACAGGAAAAAAAUAAGCAAACCACUAGUUAUUAUGGAUAUAUUUUUAAAAAACGACCUUAUUUCCUUUCAGAACACUGCGGGGAAAUUCAAUCUAUUUUUCCUUAAGAGGAGAAAUUAUAGCACUGUAAUACAGCUUAAAAUGUUCUAGAAUGAUGUAAAUAUUUAACCUUUAGUAGUAUGAUAUUAACAUUCCUCUGGACACGCACUUGUUGCAGGGUGGAGGAGUCUUAUAAAAGGUGCUUCAUCAGCUUUUGUGAUUAAGGCUCGGGAUUGUGUUCUUUGGCAACCUGUUAGAUUCCUUUACCUAGAGUUUGUAAAGUGGGAAGAUAAAUGAAUCUAGACUAGAAUUUAAUCCUCUUGCUGAGAUAAUCUUUUUUUAAAUCUUGACAAUGGGAUUUUUUUUAUACUGAACCAUGGAUGUAGUGAGAAAUUUUGCUGCUUAGUGAAAACAUACCUGACCAAUGUGUAAAAAAAAGUCUCAUUAAAAAAAUCUAGAUCUUUUUUCUGUUAAGAGAGUCAUAUUUUCAGUAUGUUAUUAGUUCGAAGCCAUUAUAAAAACUCUUAAA